GCUUAACUUGAUCACUGCUGUUAUGUGCAUUCAGACGGUCACUUUACUUGCUUGGAAUAUACAAAUAGAUACGUUGUUUACAUUGACAUACAAUUGUUUAUAUGGAAAUGUGAGAAUAGUGACAUUAUCGUGUACAGAUUAACUUGCCGAUACUACAAUGUUAGGUGUAAAUAGCAUAAAUAUAUUAAAUAUCAGAAUUGACAUUUCAUCUCUAUUUGAAUAUCGUUCUAGGAUACAUCUACGUUGUGCUGUUUAGCUCUAAGAAAAAACAAACAAUACAUUCGUCAUUUAAGUGACAUGGCGCGCUCGCUCAUCGUUCAUCAUGUCUGCAGUUACGUUCUCGCCUGGAUUGUGCUGGGAGGAUGUGAACAGAACAUUCCAUCAAUGAACGGUUCGGCAACAAUAUUUUUCAAACAUAUUGACGACCUAUAUAUAUACGCAAUGAAUUAUACAAUGUUAAAUAAGUAAGUUUUAAGAAUGUGUUAUAGCCUAUGUUUAAUUUCAAAAUAAAUGUGUGCAUGUGAUCAUCUUCUUUAAAAAAAAAAUAUGUGCCCCCAUUGAAUUUCAGUAGUAUAGGAAAUAGUUUUAUCUUUAACGAGGGGAAUUUUUAUACAUUUAACAAUUAUUUUUAACCAAACUUACAUGCCAACGCCCAAACUGAAUAAGGUUUUCAUAUUUUAAUAAACGGGCAGUGAUAACAAUUUUUUAAAUUGUUUUACUUCCAGAUUUUACGAAUGUCUGAGCUCCGACCAAACAAUAUCAUGCAUCGUGUCGUAUAGUAACGAUACAUUUCUGCACAAAGUCAUUGCUAUUGAACCAAAACCCAACGCCCAGAAAGUAAACCAGGCAGCAAAACAUGUUUAUGGAUGCGCUAUUAAUACAUCUGUAAACACAUUUACUUGUGAAAGAAUUUCUGAUGACAGCUGCAGCUUCAAGCGUUUCAACACAAGCACGUACUUUUCUCAUGGCUCUAAUGACAACGACAUUUGCAUCGGUUUAUUAUUUGAAUACUUGUAUGAAAGUUUAUCUUUGUCAAACAUGUCUGACUUUCAAAUGUGUAGUAAAAACCGGUCCGAGGAGCCAUGUGCCCAACCAACAACACCCUCAUCAACUCUAGCCCAGCAACCCAACAUAGGUGUUCAGUCCACAACAACCACAUUAAAUAUCACUCGGCAGCCAAGCAUUGGAGGGGACAACGAUCCUCUCCCGAUUAUAUUAGGAGUUACGGGUGCUGUCUUAGUCAUCACAGUUGUUGCCCUUGUUCUAUUCAUUUGGAGACGUAAACGUCUCAAAGGUAACAGUGCACAUUCAGGUGUCAGAACGGAGACUAAUUUGGACGAUAGAGAAAUGAACUCGCUGAACUGCGAUAGCGAUAAUACAGAAACUCCUCCAGUCAUUGAACCCCGUACUUAUAACAAUGACAACAUGUUUGAAAACCCUGAUGCUAUUGAUAUCGGAAAGGGAAUCGAAUGUUCUGGCAGUUUAAUGGCUGACACUUCAGAUAAAGUGACAGCAUCAACUCCUAAUAAUAAGUUAACGUUUAGUUCAACCCACAACGACACAGACAAGACACAAGAAAAGGAAAAUGUUAACGUCAAUUAUGGCUAUGUAGUUUACGAUCCCGUCAAAUCCCCAGCUCUUAAAGGAGAUACACGUGGAAGACAUUAUCAAGACAUGUUACAAAAGCAUGCAGACAUUACAGACAUGGUCAAAGCAGAAAAGAAAAAAAGUAGGCACGAUUCUCCCAAAGAAUGCCAUCCCCAUGUCGCCAAACUUCUCUCACCUAACGUUAUGCAAGGUAAUCAGACGCAUGAUUACGCCAAUAUCAAUUUAGCACACCCCGCGGUUGAACCCCCAAGCAACGACGCCUCUGCAGGUCAAGUGAUAAACAAAGAACCCAUACGCUCGGAGGAGGCCAGAGCUGGAACAAAUCCCAUUUAUCAUAAGUUUGGCCAAGACCGAAUAAAGUCCUUGAACCCUUACAAUAGUCUAAAGGACAGAGUCGCCGAUCAAGAUCAAAGUCAAGCUGAAGCCGUUCAGUUAACGCAUAAUUUCAAACACAUAUCAAAUGAAGCCGACAAGGCAAACGACGUUCAAAUAAUUGAACUAAACUUACAUGAAGAUCCCGGCUUUUUUGCUAACGAUUAUGCAGUUCUCAGUGGAGAGUUUCAUACAGAAGUACAAAACACCUCAGCUGAAUACAUCGGCUCUGGUGAUCAGAGAACUUCAAAUAUUUCUGCAAAACCUUAUUCCGAUUACGACCUUAUAGCGCAUGAGAUGAAUGUUGGGGGUUUGGGCGAUCCCAUAGAUCUCAGCAGAGUGUCUACUGGCAUCAUCAAAGCCAACAUAAACGUAGCGAACGGUUUCGACGUUACGGAAGCAAGUCAGGACAAGUUAUCCUAUGAUUACGCCAGUGUGCAGAAGAAGUCCAACAUUUCAGUAGGUGGUGAUACGACAUCAAACAAAAGUGUUGCACGUGAAAUAGUCCGCCCAGAGAACUAUCUGGGGGAGUCUGAGAAAGUCCGUGAUUUCAAGAACUCAGUUGACGACUACGAUGAUACGCUAUCUUAAUUUUACGCAUAUAUAAGUUGUUGGGUGUAAGUUGUUUGAUGUUGUUGUUGGGUUUUUACAUGUUAAAAUCUAUACAGUAAAAUUUAACAGCUAUAGUGGACGCUAAUAUUUCAAAACUAAAAUCUGAAAUAGUUUGAUGAGGGUUUACAAGAGCAAAACUCAAGGAUUUGACUCGAAAAAACUCCUAAAAAUAUUGAUUUAAAUUGUUGUUAAAAUGUAUGUGUUGAUUUAGCUUCGGGUUAUGUUCCUGUAGCUUUGCAAAGCCACUAUGUUUUGACAAAAAAUAUUACAAGGAGUAAGAAUUGGGCUUUGAAUGAGACAAAUAAUAUUCUAACAGCUAAUUAAAACACUUGACCAAGUUUGCUUUAAUGAGAAAUUAUAGAUUACGUGUGUCGAAAUGUGAAGGCUCGGAAAACAUACUUCUAACUUAACCAAGCAAACCAUACAUGUUUCAAUAUAACUAGUUUAAUUAAACUUUCUAUUUUACUCAGAAAUGCCAUCAUGCUAAUACAUAAAUUUGCCAUUUUUCGACGAUGCUGUUUAACCC